UAAAGUUUUUGAUGUGAGUCAAAGUGAAAAAAUUUCAACAUUCGUUCUUAUCUUUCAGUGAUGAUGCAAAAGAUGCAAAGAAAGAGAUGCUGUCCAAGUAUAAACGCGCUCGUUCUAUGCUGGAACAUUCAUUAAACUGGGGAGAAAAUGCAGGUCCUUGUUUCCCUCCGCUCCAUGCUUUCUCGUCACUCUCCUCGUCUUGCUUGCAGACUGUGGAGCUCAAAGUCGCAAUGGACUGCGAGAGGUGCGAGAACAAAGUCCGCAAAACGCUCGCCAACACCCUGGGAGUCGAGUCAGUCGACAUCGAUUUCCAGCAGCAGCGGGUCACGGUGAUGGGCUACCUUCUCGACGCCAAAAAGUUGAUGAAGAAAGUGAGGAGCAAGACCGGCAUGCACGCCGAAGUUUGGAACCACCACUACAGCAACGUCCAGCACGUCUAUGGUCCCAUGGACACCUCGCUCACCAAUCUCUUCAGCUCCGCCAGUGACUACAACACAAACAAUUACUACGACCGGAGCCACCGGAUGCAUCAUGGAAGCACUUACAGGGUCAGCGACAAGCCGGCUUACGACCACGAGUACGGCAACCAGAAGCAAUACAUGCCGCCAGUGGAUGACAGUGUCACCACCAUGUUCACGGACGAGAAUCCAAACGCUUGCUCCAUCAUGUAGCGCUGCGAGCCGAGGAGCUGUGAAGGAAACAUCAGUCACAGAAGAGAGAAAAUAUUCGGAUGAUGCAUUGUGCGUGUACUCACCACUUGAAGUUGCUCGCGUAAUCGCAUCAAAGGUUGCCUUUCAGCUGCAAGCGCACCAAGAAAAAUCAUAAUAGCCUUCUCAAUAAUGUAAUGCUGUAAAGGAAAAGCUUA